CAACUUUCUCCACUGCCUUUUCGUCUUACCACUGCCAGCGCAGCCCUCCAACCCAGCCCUCAUAGAUCAUCGCAUGAUGAAGUCUACGCCUAGACAGCAAGAUGUCAUCUUCACUGUUUAGUGCUGUCCUUGAGAUGUUGCGUUACCAUACCCCACCCCCCACCCGAUCACCUUGCCACCCGAUCACCUCGCCACCCGAUCACCUUGCCACCCGAUCACCUUGCCACCCGAUCACCUUGCCACCCGAUCACCUUGCCACCCGAUCACCCUUUUUACACCAAAAUAGUAAAUAUUUGAACAGCGACUAUGCAGUCAAUUCUGGAGCAAUUCGCAAGCUAAAUAUAGCAAAAUGUAUCUAAUUACAUGUUCAAUAAUUAUAUCGAGCCGGCAUUUGUAUUACACGGCCAGAUCGGGUCAUGUUUG